AUGGCCAGCAAAGAAGAUGAUGGAGGGAGGAAGCAACUUGGCAGGAAAGGCAGGGGUCUGGACCGGCGGGAGCGCGUGUCUACCUUCUCUUCCUUCGCUCACUUUGAACGCACGCAGCGCAGUAUGCGACGGUCGCUCGCGCUUGCCACAUUCUUGUAUAUCCCCACCUCGACAUAUGCCUAUACAGCUGUACCAAGAUGGGCGCAAGCCGCCGCUGUAUCAUCAAACUCGCUUUACAUCUACGGAGGCCAUACGGAUCAGUACAACAGCUUCACGUACGAUAACGCGCCGUGGAAUAACGACCUCCUAUACCUCAACUUGGGAACAUCCUGGGAUCCAAAUUCACCACCGUGGGCUGUCAUAGGCGGUUCGAAUAACGCCACAUCACCCGCAUACGGACCUGGACUCGCGUGGAGUACUCUCUCGACGUUUGCGGAUAGCCAAUUCCUCCUAUUCGGCGGUCAGGCGGGUCCGCUUUCGGACAUUGUCUUACAAGACAACAACGACUCUGCCGUGUUGAUCAACGUCUGGAAUCGCUACAAGCCGAGCCUCACCAAUGAGUCAAGUUCAUGGGCUGGCGAACCCCAACGCCGUAUGCGCCAUUCUACCGCAACAGUUGGCGGGAAGGUGUACAUUGUUGGUGGAGAACGCGCCGAUGGCUCCACGAACGGCUUCAGCGAUCACUACGUCUUCGAUCCCACAGGGCCCUCCUUCACUCUCCUCCCUACCGACGGCGCCCCUCCAGAUAUCUACGGGCACGCUACGCUCUUACUUCCGGAUGGCCGCAUCAUCGUACUGGGUGGUUGGCACCAAAGUCAAGGGUCGUUCGUCUCGUUCAGCCAAGUCUCGCUGUUUGACCCUUCCAAUAACUCAUGGACGAUGGCCAACGUCGACUCGAGCAACCUCCCUGACGGUCGUCUCGGCUUCUGCGCUGCUGCAUUGCCCGACGGUCGUAUCAUCAUCCAUGGUGGAGGCAAUUCUGGCUCUGGCUUCGGCGAUACCUUCUCGGAUGGUUGGAUACUCGACACUACGCAGUCUCCCAUGAAGUGGGAGGCCGUCCAGCCACUCUCCGCACUCGGUGCUCGUAGAGAUCACUUUUGCGUGACCAUCGGCUCGGACGUGCUCAUUGGCUACGGCUACAGCAGCAAUGGUCCCGCAGAUGCCAACAUGCAUAUCUACGACCCCAACGGAAGCUCCUUUGUCUCGACAUACGUACCUCAAACCACUGCAGCAUCGUCCACGCAAAUCACCGUUCCGCCGACAGUUCCAACAAGCGGGUCGGGCAGUGGUGGUGGUGGUAGUGGCACCGGGAACACGUCCGGUGCUGCUGGGGCUACUGGUAGCGGAGGUACGGCGAGCAGAACGUCAGGAGGUGCCUCGCCAUCGAGCACGAGCGGGAGUGGUGGAGGAAACGGCGGCGGGAACGGUGGUGGGAACGGCGGCGGAAAUGGGAAUGGAGGUGGAGGGAAUGGCAACGGCGGAGGUGGAAAUGGCGGCGAUGGAGGUGGCGGUGAUGGCGUCGCAGGAGAUGCUGCCCGAAAGAGAACGACGGCCAUCGUCAUCGGCGUCGUACUCGGUAUACUUGCGCUCGUCGCCGGCGCCGGCGCCGCUUACUGGUACCACCGUCGUCGCCGUCUGGCGUCAGAGACCGCUUUCACACCUCUGGGCGGCGAAGACGAUGACAACGCGGCGCAUGCCAUUCCCGUUGUCGGUGCGAACGAGUACUCGGAGAAGGGUCCUCGUCUUCUCAACGCUGUACCUCUCUUUGGCUUCGCCGACCGCAAUCGUCAGCAACGUGUGAACCGCGGACCCAGGAGAGACAUGCUUGCCGAUGAGGAUCGCUCGUUUAACUCAGGAAGUGGUGGCUGGAGCUUCACAGGAUGGGGACGUGGCGGAUCUGGCUCUGCGCGUAGCAGCAGAUUGUCGCGCGAUGGCAGCGAUGGCAGUUCCUGGAGCUGGUCGAAUACGGCCACAAGUCGCACUUCGAGUGUUCGUUCGGCGCUCGCUGCGCUCGGUCUCGGCGCCGUCGCCGCCCGUGGUGGUAGCAGCCGCAGAUCGCAACGGAUGCCCAGUGAGAAGGGCCCCCGCGAUCCUUACAGCGAUGAGGCGGCUCUUAUGGCAGAGGAUCUCGCAGAGGAGGAUAUCCAGCGACCACGAGGAGGUGCUCCAGGACCGUCAGGAUAUAUGUAUAGCGACCCAUUCGCCGACUCGAGCGCCGCAGAGCGAGGAGAGAUCGACGUACUACAUGAUGCCGGGCUCGACUCUGAUGCCGAGGACCUCCACGACGUGCAUGUCGUUCGCAACGCUCCCCAUCCCGCUCUACGAACCGCGUUACCUCCGACUGCCGACUUCGUACCUAUGAGCCCACUUGUCGAGCAGGCAUCGCGCCAUUCGUUCUCCAGUUCUUCGCAGGCACAUUCGUCUCAGCAGCAUACCACCAGCUCCGGGUCUCACGGCCUUACGCUCAAUCCAUACGACUCGAUCAGCUCGGGCUCGCAUUCGAACUCAGCAGGGCCACACAGUCCACGGCCGAGCUCUAUUCUGGACCCGAGUCCUUCACCUGCUGGCGCUGCAGGGAACGUACGCCGCUCAGGCACCUGGUGGAGUCGGCUGGCAGAGUCAUCAUUGCUACCCAAGCGACGGGCAUCGGAUGCGUCAAACCGUAGCUCGGCUCCAGGUUUUGUCAACGACUUCCGUGACCCUAAUCCCUUACCGCGUACGGCGUUGCAUCCUAUUACCGAAGGUUCGCAGCAGUCAUCUCCGGACUCUCCGCGAGGCAGUCGACAUUGCGGAAGCUCGGGCGAAGAGCGUGUCAAGGGCAUCCUCGGGAAGAUCGGCCAUGGCAAGAGCGUCAGCUCGAUCCAGACCGCGAAUAGCGAGACGAUUGAACGUGUUGGUGGUAUGACGAUCGUACAGCGUGACGGCACCUACGAUUCACAGUGGACGACUUCGCCCACGCAGACUGACGAGCUCGGGUAUGGUCACUCGGCUGGACCCAGCAGCAGUUCACAACGACGCCCGCUCGUCGUGCGCUCGCAUCCAUCCGAGAUCUCCCAGGCAACGACAGAGAUCUCUGAGCCGGUCUUCGAUCAAGCUCGUGAAGACACGCCUACGUUCACCGAUACGCCUCUAGGAACCUCGGUCGCGGGCCAUACGCCAGAGGUUUCGACGGUCAGCUCGGGAGGCAUGCACAUCAACAUCCCUCAAGCUGUCCUUACCGCACCAAGUGGACCUCGGUCGCCCGGACUUCCUCACUCGCCCUCCUCCGUUCCUCGACGCAUACAUGAUUACGAGCGUCGACUAUCACAAAGCGCCGUACCCCAGAGUCCCGGCUCUGCACGACCUCCACUGCCACAUCGCGAAUCAAGUGGCCCUCGCGCAAGAAUCCAGUACGGACUGGCUCCUCGCGCGAGCUUGUACGUUGCAAAUCCGGACGAUGCAGCCUGA